GGACUGACUGCCCCAUCGCCUCACCUCCCUCCCCUUCUUUGUGACCCUGAAAUUUGCUGAUUUCUCUCAAUAAUAAAUAAUCUUGUACGCUCUGCUUCUACUCAAAGUAAAUAAUUCCAAUAUACUACACCCUUGGUCCCACGUGGGUCACCCCCCUGGGCUGAGAUCCACAAAUCAGCUAAUCUUUGUCUUGAAAAUCUCUACUAUUUAACCGACGCGAAUCAACCAGCACCAAUAUCAUCUUCAGCCUACAGCAAACCGAACUGGGAAAUAAAAGCUCCAUACUUCUCCUCGCAACACUCGCUUUUUACGACGAUAUGAACCGAUACACAAUUGUGGCUGUCUUCAUCGGCAGUCUCAUGGCAAACGCAAUGGCGAAGUCUUAUAAAGCUAAUUUCGAUAGCGUUAACAGUCAGAUGUCCGAGCUUUACCAACACAUUGGGGACGUGCAAGCUAUCGCGAGCAGCAGUGGACAUUCUGAGAUCCAAAAAAAAUGUUCAGAAGCCAAAGACGCCUUAGACUUCGCUCAAUCAUCUUGGCAACAGAUUUCAACCACUUAUAUUAACCGACCGUGGUUGGCGUCUGAAAAUAGCUUAAGUUCAACGAUAAAAUCCCGACUGUCAGAUUGCGGCAAUAUUCUCAAAGAAAUCCAAGAGCACUCUGACGUCCAGUCAAACACAAACGCCUACUCAAGAACCGUACAAGCAUGUCAGACUAUAUAUACCAAGUGCGUGUCCAGCUGUGACGGUAUUUGGGACUGGCAACCUCCUUCUCCCCAACCGAGUGGCAGCUCCAAUCGAAAGCUCAGGCGUAGUCUAUAUGGAGAACAAGUUCCUGCCUGUCCUAACAACGAAACAGCAUGUCCCAUCUCGCAUCUUUCCUUGGGAUUUGAAUGUAUCGAUACCAACCUCGAGCUGGCAAGUUGCGGCGGAUGUGUCACGAAGGGAGAAGGUGAGAAUUGCCUUUCUAUCACUGGGGCUGCCGGUGUCGGAUGUCUGGAAGGCAAAUGUGUCGUAUUCUCCGCCGAAAGCGGGUAUUACCUUGGGCAACAAGGCCGACCUCUUCGUCGGAGGAGAAUGCUUUGAAUACACGGGUUGUAGAAUACUUCUCUAACCAAGUCUUCCACUUUCCCCAAAUGAGCCCUAGCCUUGAUAAGGUCUCAACGCCCCUUUCUGCAAGCUUGUACAGCACAACGAAAGGUUCCGAUCUGAUCAGCACACCGCACAUUCGCUCUAUUUUUCUCUUGGUUUCUACGCGCCUCUUUCAAGGCCGAUCGUGAUGACUGUAGGAUUUGCGCAACUACAACUCCCCUGGCUGUUCGAAGCUAUAUUUGUGACUUCAUGUGUUUUCUCAGUCAGCCUUAGUCUUUGUUGUUUCUCUUGAUAUGCAAUUUUUAGUAUCAUUCUCUCCAAGC